CGUUGUAUUAACCAUGAAUUACUAUUUAAAAUGGCGGAUUUAGAUGAGAAGAAAGGAGUAUCUGACGCAGAUUUGAACGGCUCUAUCUUACAUCAGAACCCUCGAGUUUCCAUACAGAUGCCGUACCAAGAUUCACAUAAAGAUGAAGAAUCAAAAGACAGGAAUAUUGGCUCCGAUAUACUGCCUGAUAUCGGCGAACACUACCUUGUUCAGCGAUCCGAUGGAACAUGGCAUGCUGCAGAAAUUAUUCAGACACGUGCCAAUGAACAGACUGGUGGGAGGCAUGAAUUUUAUGUCCACUAUGAAGGAUUUAACAGGCGUUUGGAUGAAUGGGUAGAGAUUGACAAGUUUGACUUGAUAACAAAGAUUGAGGAUCCACAUAACAACAAAAUGAAAGACGUCUCCAUCAUUAUGACUGACCUUAGUGAUGGCACCGACAGGAAAAUUACACGCAACCAGAAACGAAAACAUGACGAGAUUAAUCACGUUCAAAAGACCUAUGCUGAAAUGGAUCCAACAACUGCCGCCCUAGAAAAGGAACACGAAGCUAUCACAAAAGUGAAAUACAUAGACAAGAUUCAGAUUGGCCGGUAUGAAAUAGACGCCUGGUAUUUCUCACCCUACCCUGAAGAAUACGGCAAACAGUCAAAGCUGUGGCUGUGCGAAUAUUGUUUAAAGUAUAUGAGACUAGAAAAAUCCUACAGAUACCAUCAGAGUCAAUGUAUUCAUCGACAUCCAUCAGGAAAAGAGAUCUACAGAAAAGGAACCAUAUCUGUGUUCGAAGUGGAUGGGAAAGACAGCAAGAUAUAUUGCCAGAAUCUGUGCCUCCUUGCUAAAUUAUUCCUGGACCAUAAGACACUGUACUUUGAUGUGGAACCCUUCAUGUUCUACAUCCUCACAGAAGUGGACCGACACGGCUGCCAUCUUGUUGGCUACUUCUCGAAGGAAAAAGAAUCUCCAGAUGGAAACAACAUUGCCUGCAUUCUCACACUACCACCAUUCCAGAGAAAGGGAUACGGCAAAUUUCUCAUUGCGUUUAGUUAUGAGCUUUCAAAACUGGAAGGUACUGUUGGAUCCCCCGAGAAACCUCUGUCAGAUCUUGGCAAGUUGAGCUACAGGAGCUACUGGUCAUGGGUCCUGCUGGAGAUUCUGCGAGACUUUCGAGGAACUUUGUCCAUACGUGAUCUCAGUCAAAUGACCAGCAUCACACAACAUGAUAUUAUCGGCACACUACAGUCCUUGAACAUGGUGAAAUACUGGAAGGGACAGCAUGUAAUCUGUGUCACACCAAAGCUUGUCGAGGAACAUUUAAAGAGUGCUCAGUACAAACGUCCAGUCCUCACGGUCGACUCCUCGUGUCUGCGGUGGGAACCACCCAGAAAGAUUCAAAAACUUCUGAAAAAAUGAUGAGAUGAAAGUUCAUAAGUUCAUAUGUUGAAAACAUGUUUUACUGAUUGGAAUUACUUCAGUGACAAUCUUAUGUUUGUUAGUGAAAAGUGUUAUUAUCUGUUUUUGACAUUUAGAAAAUUUGAAAGACUGAGAUUUAAAUAACUUUGUUGGUGUAUCAGAAUGGGUUUUUUCAUGAAACAAAAGUGGUUACUAAUUGGGCGUAUAUUAAGUACAAUUUCUUUUUUGUGUAGUUUCACAUUUGUCUGUAUAGACUUCUAACGUUAAUAAAAGCUGAAGUCCCAAGAUCAAAGCGAUGAAGAACUAGGCGUCUGCAAAGUGGUAUGAACAAGUACUUUGAUUCUGUCCUUACAAAACGACAAAAUUCAAGGUUGCAGAGUAGAUACCAUACCACGAGCGGAACUCCUGAAUUUCGAAUAUAAAUAAACACAGCCCCUUUUCCAUGAAUGUCUGUAUGUUACACCACCUGUGUACUGUAUGACUGUAUGUCUGACCAUUCGUAUGCAAAAACUUAUUAUUUAUAUGUACUGUUGUAGAUAUUGUUAAAUAAAAUUGAAGAUUUUAAA